AUGGCGCAAAGGGGGACACCCCAGUUUCGGACACGGACCCUCCCGCAGGGAAGAGCCCGGAGCCCCGGAGCGCAGGGGCUGUCGCCACCGUUGCUGCUGCUGCUGCUCCUCUGUGCCUCCGGGGCUGCGCUGCGGUGUCCAGAGCUGGGGGGCGAAGGUCCCUGCUCCUGGGUGACCCGGACUGGAAGAAGCCCGCUGGACCACUCGCUCCUUGGUGGUGGUGGCGGCGGCGGCGGCGGUGGAGAGCCUGAGGCAGGAGCGGACCAGAGCGCACUCAGUAUUGGGGAAGGAGGCGAUCCGGCUGCUUGGAAGAGUCGCUCUCGGAGAGCGGCGGCGGCGGCUGGAGCAUCCCCCAGGGCGCAGGUCUCUCUGAUCAGCACCUCAUUCGUGCUCAAAGGGGACGCGACUCAUAACCAGGCGAUGGUGCACUGGACCGGCGAAAACAGCAGCGUAAUUUUAAUUCUGACCAAGUAUUACCAUGCUGACAUGGGAAAGGUGCUGGAGAGUUCUCUGUGGAGGUCAUCAGAUUAUGGAACUUCAUACAUCAAACUCAAUUUACAGCCAGGCAUCACCACAGUGAUUGACAACUUCUACAUAUGCCCUACAAACAAGAGAAAGAUAAUUCUAGUAAGCUCAUCUCUUAAUGACCGGGACCAAAGCCUUUUCCUGAGCACUGAUGAGGGAGCUACCUUUCAGAAACAACUCAUCACAUUCUUUGUUGAAACUCUGAUUUUCCAUCCCAAAGAAGAGGAUAAAGUGGUUGCCUACACUAAGGAGAGCAAGGUUUACUUAUCAACUGACUUGGGAAAGAAAUGGACCCUUCUUCAAGAACGAGUGACUAAGGACCAUGUUUUCUGGGCUGUAGCUGGAGUAGAUGGAGUAUCAGAUUUGGUUCAUAUGGAAACCCAAGAUCUCAGUGGAGGUUUCCGAUAUGUCACCUGUCAGUCUCAGAAUUGCUCUGAUAGAACACCCACGAUUCCAUUUGCCAGCAGCAUUGACCACAAUUCCCUGACUGUGCAAGAUGACUACAUAUUCUUUAAGGCGACCACAGCAAAUCGGACUAAAUACUACGUAUCUUAUCGACGUAAUGAAUUUGUUCUGAUGAAGCUACCAAAGUAUGCACUACCAAAGGACUUGCAGAUUAUCAGCACUGAUGAAAAUGAGGUAUUUGUGGCUGUCCAAGAAUGGUACCAAAUGGACACUUACAACCUUUACCAGUCAGACCCACAGGGCGUGUACUAUUCAAUUGUGCUUGAGAACGUUAGGAGCACGAAGCAACCAGAAGAAAAUGUCCUGAUCGAUAUCCUGGAGGUCAGAGGUGUAAAAGGAGUCUUCCUGGCCAACCAAAAGAUUGAUGGAAAGGUCACCACACUGAUAACCUACAACAAAGGCCAUGACUGGGAUUAUCUGACCCCACCUGCCACUGAUAUGAAUGGCAAACCCACCAACUGCAAACCUCCUCCAUGUCAUCCAUAUCUGGCCCUCAAAAGAGCCGGAGAGCCAUAUCUAAGUGACUCAAUAGAUAGAGAGCCAGGCCUGGAGAUGGGAGUAGGUAACCUGGGUUCUCAGCUGGUGGAAUACAAAGAGGAAAUGUACAUCACAUCUGACUGUGGAAAUACUUGGCGUCAGGUCUUCGAAGAGGAACAUCACAUUCUGUACCUGGAUCAUGGUGGAGUGAUUGUGGCUAUCAAAGACACAUCCAUCCCUUUGAAAAUACUCAAGUUCAGCAUUGAUGAAGGUCACACCUGGAGCACACAUAACUUCACGAGCACCUCAGUCUUUGUGGAUGGACUGCUAAGUGAGCCCGGGGACGAGACUCUGGUCAUGACGGUCUUUGGUCACAUAAGUUUCCGUUCAGAUUGGGAGCUGGUGAAGGUGGACUUCAGACCCUCUUUUCCCAGACAAUGUACUGAGGAUGAUUAUGACUACUGGAACCUCACCAACUUACAGGGUAAUCGCUGUAUCAUGGGACAACAGAGGAGUUUCCGGAAAAGGAAGACCACAUCAUGGUGUAUCAAGGGGCAAAGCUUCACAUCAGUGCUCACAUCUAGUGUGUGCAAAUGUUCAAGCUCAGAUUUUUUUUGUGAUUACGGGUUUGAAAGAUCAGCAUCUUCAAAAUCAGAAGCCAAAAAGUGUUUUGCGAAUUUUUGGUUUAAUCCUGACUCACCUCCUGAAGAUUGUGUGUUGGGGCAGGCAUAUACUAGCAGCCCAGGGUACCGGAAAGUGGUGUCUAAUGUCUGCGAAGGUGGUGUGGACCUGCAGCGGUACGUGCUUCAGCAUCAGUGCCCCCUGACAGCCCCCAGAGGGCUGCAAGUCAGCAUCAAAGGAGAGACUGUGGCCGUGAAGCCAGGAGAAGACAUCACGUUUGUGGUCAGACAGGAGCAGGUGACUCCUCUACGGGCGCUACACCUUGAAGUGGUUCCUGUUAUUGGAGUAAACCAGGAAGUCAACCUCACUGCCAUUCUGCUGCCCCAGAACCCCAAUCUAACUGUCUUCUACUGGUGGAUAGGGAACAACUUGCAGCCCCUUCUCUCUCUGGAUAAUUUUCUUGUCACGCGAUUUUCAGAAACGGGUGAAGUCCGAGUAACAGUGCAGGCCUCCUGUGGGAACUCCAUGCUCCAGGACUCCAAAGUCAUCAGGGUUUUAGAUCAAUUCCAAGUUCUGCCUCUGAAGUUUACUAAGCACUUGGAUAUAUACAAUCCCAACAUCCCUGAAUGGCGAGAAGACAUUGGCCUGGUAGUCACCCGCCUCCUUUCUGAGGAAACCAAUAUCCCUGAAGAGUCUCUGCUGACCGUGGUGAAACCAGGCCUGCCCACAACUGCUGACUUGCAUGUGCUCCUGCCGGCACCCAAACCAAAGAGGAAGAGGAGCAUACCAAGUGACAAGAGGAUCAUGGCCAUCAAGCAAGCUUUGAAUGCCCACAACAUCAGCUUUUUCCUAAGAGGAGGCUUCUGGGUACUUGUAACGCUACGUGACACAGAUGCAGAUUCUCAAAGGAUCGGAGGAGGUGGUGGCUAUUGGGCCCUCAUCGUUCUUUUCCUUAUCUGUCUUUUUGCAGUGGGAGCUUUCAUCCUCUACAAAUUUAAAAGGAAACUACCAGGCAGAACUGUUUAUGCCCAGAUGCACAACGAAAAGGAACAGGAGAUGACCAGCCCAGUCAACCACAGCGAGGACACACAGAACAUCAUCCAGGGUAAUCACUCAGGCGUGGUUCUGAGCAUCAACUCCCGAGAGAUGCACAGCUACCUGGUUAGCUGAUGUUUGCAGCUGGACACAAACAUGGAAGACUCUUCCCCGUCUUGUUUUGUCCCCCACCCCCACCCCAUCCCCACUCUGGGGAGGUCACAGGAUGGCAAGUGUGGCUAUAACUGAUGUUGGAAAGGGAAUUCCCUGAAAAAGACACCCAGAAGAGCGGUCAUUGCCGAUCGACACGUCUCACCUCAUAGUCCCUGGAUGGACUUCAAGCCUGGACCAACUCAAACUCAAACUAUAAGAGCAGAUAAUGCAGCCCAAGGCACUCCCCAAUCUCCCUUCUCCUUGUG